UAAUGAUUCAUCAAAAAGUAGUGAUUUAUCACAAAGUAGUGGUUCAUCACCAAGUAGUUCUGAUGUCGAUGCCGAAUCUAAUAAAACCAAUGACGAAAAAAUUUGGAAUAAGGUGUAUGAGAUGUUUGAACAACUUUCUACCGAAUAUCUUGAGAUGUUUGAUAACAAUCCUGACAAAAUAGUUCAUUUAAUCAAAACCGUUGCUACUCAUAGAAAAAAAGUUUCCAGUUCAGAGACAAAUGGACAGUGA